GGAAAUUUGCGAGCGUGAGGUUGAGAUUUCGCUCGUGUUCAGCUGAGCUUGGACAGGACGCGAGGCUGACCGCAUCUGUGCGCGCGAGCAAUAAGAACAGAUGGGCUGAGGAGAGAUUAUUGUCAGGUGACUCCAAGGUGAAGAGCAGUCAGCAGGGAAGUGGACACAGCUGCAAUAGGACAUUGUCUCGGACCACAGCUACAGACACACACCCACUCUAACACAUUCGCACACACAAUAGGCUCACAUCUGGUUUCACCCAGACCAGUAAUUGCAUUUGACCCCACUUCAUCUUCUCAGGUGUGGGGAGCCAUUUAGUUUCGACAUCCAGAUAUUUGUGAGAGUUACCCAUCCCCGCCGAGAGAGGACUUCACUGUGCUCUUCUCGCCUAAAUUAUUUGGAUUCCUUAAUUAUAUAUUUUUUUUGUUUAGCGCAUAUUUUAUUAGUAUAUCUUUGUUUAUUAGUAUGUCUUUAUUUUUGAGAAAGAAACCUAACUGACCAAAAACCCACCCAAGACCCACACACCCCUCUCUCAUGGGAGUAACAAAGAGACCAGCCUGGCACAGACACUCACUCUCUCUCACACACACAAACGUCUGCACCUUGUUCAAGAUGCCCUCCUCCUCCAGCGUGAUUAGCUGGGGAAGGAUGUGGCUCUUGUGGUGAUUGGAGGAAGGAGUGGAGUGGAGCUGGACUCAUGUCGUGGAAGAGGAACUACUUUGCGUCGGGCAGCAGUGGGCUGCAGGGGAUGUUUACCCCUCGCACAAUGAACUCCAUUGCUCCCAGCAAAGGCCUGAGCAACGAGCCGGGUCAGAACAGCUGCUUCCUAAACAGUGCGCUACAGGUCCUUUGGCAUCUUGACAUCUUCCGCAGAAGCUUCCGUCAGCUGAACACCCACAAGUGCAUGGAGGACUCAUGCAUUUUCUGCGCUCUGAAGAGCAUCUUCGCCCAGUUCCAGUUCAGCAGUGAGAAGGUGCUCCCAUCGGACGCUCUGCGCAGCGCUAUGGCCAAAACCUUCCAAGACGAGCAGCGCUUCCAGCUAGGCAUCAUGGACGAUGCGGCCGAAUGUUUCGAGAACCUCCUGAUGCGGAUCCACUUCCACAUCUCGGAUGAGACAAAGGAGGACAUCUGCACGGCCAAGCACUGCAUCCCACAUCAGAAGUUUGCCAUGACACUUUUCGAACAGUGUGUUUGUAAUAACUGUGGAGCCACGUCUGACCCUCUUCCCUUCAUUCAGAUGGUGCACUACAUCUCCACCACCUCUCUCUGUAACCAAGCCGUGCGAAUGCUGGAAUGUAAAGAGAAGCCCACGCCCGAAAUGUUUGGAGAGCUUCUCCGUAAUGCCAGCACCAUGGGUGACCUGCGAAACUGCCCAAGUAAUUGUGGUGAGAUGUUGCGGAUCAGACGGGUUCUAAUGAACUGCCCGGAGAUCAUCAGCAUUGGCCUGGUGUGGGACUCGGACCAUUCUGAUCUGGCUGAAGACGUCAUUCACAGCCUCGGCACAUGCUUGCGGUUGGGAGAUCUGUUCUACCGUGUGACGGAUGAGCGGGCCAAGCAAUCAGAGCUCUACCUUGUGGGCAUGGUGUGCUACUAUGGCAAGCAUUACUCCACCUUCUUCUUCCAGACCAAGAUACGCAAGUGGAUGUACUUUGAUGAUGCACAUGUAAAGGAGAUCGGUCCUAAGUGGAAGGACGUGGUGUCACGAUGUAUAAAGGGCCACUACCAGCCACUCCUGUUGCUGUACGCUGACCCCCGGGGGACACCCGUGUCAUCGCAGGACACGCUGGCUGCACAGCUAGACCUGCACCAUAGCAGCAAGGCCGGAUAUGACAGCGAAGACUCUGGGAGGGAGCCCUCAAUUUCAAGUGACACACGCACAGACUCUUCAGCAGACAGCUACAGCUACAAGCACUCUCGAUCACACCAUGAUGGGAAAUGGGAGUCCAUGGCCUCCCAUUUCUCUUCUGACUCUCAGGGAACUGUGAUGUGUAAUCAGGACAGCAGCGGUUCCCAGAACAUCAUGGACACUGCAGGGGAGAUUCUUAAAGAGCAGGCCACUGUGCCGAGGCCCUCUUCUACUUGCCAUCUGCAGGACUAUAAAGAGACUGUGAAUAUGAUUCACAGUAGACCCCUGUCAUCAUCCUCUAGUUCAGGGGUGGGUGGCUCAGAGGCUGGGGCACGGACAAGGGACUGGGAAGACGAGAGCACCAGCAGUGAGUCCAAGUCCAGCUCCAGUGGAGGGCGCUAUCGACCAACAUGGAGACCUAGAAGAGAGGCCCUGAACAUUGACAGCAUCUUCAGUCAGGAGAGACAACGGCCAGGUGGCUACCCCACACUCGGGCCAUCCCCGCUGCCUGAAGAUGUGGUGUCCCCAAUGCAGGACGAGCAGAUCUCUGGGUCAGCUGCAGAGGGGUUGAGCACUACAGCAACAGAGACAGUAAAUGCAACCAAUGACAUGGGGGGCAUGUCAGAGAUAGGGGUGGAACGACUAUCAAUCCCACCCCCUUUAAGAGGCGUGGAGCAGCAGCCGCGGCUGAUCCAGAGGAUGGAAAGUGGAUACGAAAGCAGCGAGAGAAACAGCAACAGCCCCAUCAGCAUGGACAUGCCACUCAGUGACAACCCAAGUAUCAGUGCUCACAGGGACAGCGGCAGUAAGAGGCCUGUAACUUCAGGGCCCUCCUGGCGCACAGUGCCCAAGUCCAAAAGCAGCAGUGCCAUCCUGCAAGACCUGAAAUCCCCCACAUGGAGCAAAGCUCCACUUAAUUUGGGAGAGGGUCGCAGUGAGCUGGAUGAGUUGCAAGAGGAAGUUGCUCACAGGGCCAGGCAGCAGGAGCUGCAGAGGAAGAAGGAGAAGGAGAGGGAAGCAGCCCAGGGCUUCAACCCCAGACCCAGCAAGUUCAUGGACCUGGAUGAACUUCAGCACCAGGGGAAGGGGGGCAGUUUUGAGCACUGCUUGGCGGAGGCUGACUCUCUGUUAGAGCAGUCGCUGCGCUUGGAGCAGGCUGGGGACACAGCUACAGCCCUGGCACUCUCCCAUCACGCUGUGUCUAAACUAAGAUUUUCCAUGCAUGAGGGCAGUGCUAACACUCAUAGCAAGACUAUGGCUGCUGACGCCAAGCUGCAAAAAUGCAUGAGGAGAGCACGGGGCCUACAACAGCGCAUGCAACAACAACAAGAGCAGCAGCAGGAGCCCAGCUGCCCACAGGGGCCCACCAGUGAACAGCCUGGCUCGGUCCAAGUACUGUUGACAGACAAUCAGGAAGAGGUCUGGGAGGCCAGUCAGAAUUCUGUGCUUGGCUCACCCUCUCCUCAAUGUAUGAAGCCACCCUUCUCUUGUUCAAACUCACCAUCUCAACCCCACAGCCGCCCAACACUGAGCAAUGUCCGACCUGCAUCUUCUCAGCCACAACCCUUAGAGCCCAAUGAAGGUAGUGACUGUUCAAUGCAGAAUGAGGAUAAAUGGGGUGGUAUCAGAUUAUCAGAUGUUCUCCAGGCAUCAGGUGUUCAGAUCAGGCCCAUUCACAAGCAUCUGGCCAUAUCUCUGCCUUCUUUGCCGCUUGACUUCUGGGGUGUGCUGAGAGAGGAUGAAGAGGUCUGGAACCAUCAGCAUUUUCAAACUUUUAGCUCACAGUCUCCAUCCCAAAAUCCUCCCUUGUGGCAAGGCACUGCAGAUAAUCCAGAACAGAGACCCCAAUCCAGCAGGACCACCAGUCCACCACUCACAUCUCCUCAUGUUGAAGAGAAGGUCCAGAUGCCCAGACGAGCCCCUAUAUGGCAGCCCCUAUGCACAACUUCCCAGCCACGCUCACCUGUCCUGUCUCACUCCAGCUCCAGACUGACCCCAUCAGUUGCUGCCCAUCAUUGGUCCUCCUGGAGCCUAGACCGUCCUGAUGCUGUCGUUAUGCCCUAUGAGACGCCUCCUGACCAGAACCACCGGGCAGGAACCACCUUCUCUCAACAAACACCUGGAAGGCACCUGCUUCCUCAGAGUCCCAUGAGCACCAAAACAAAGAGUGGCACUAAGCACUCCAACUUCCAAAACGUCCCUAGCAUGGAGCUGGAGCCCACAGUGGCCGAGGACCAGGAACUUUCUGAAUUGGACUCACUCUUCCAGGCCAGUCUCCAGGCUGUCCCCAGUCCAGGCCAGGCCCUGCGUGGUACCAGCUCACCUGCUUUUGGGAGACCAGUACCUCCUGCUGCAAGGAAGCUGUUCACUGGAGUGGGACGCUCUCGGACCCCCACGGCUGAGCUUGAGAGAACUGUGUAUGGACCAACAGGUUGUUACAGCCCCACUGGAUACAUGAACGUGCCCCUGUCAGUGGCCAAUCAAGGAAUGCAGUCAGGAGAGGAAGACCAGUAUGAUGCGGAUCACCUGCGUCGCAUUGCCCGCAGCCUCAGUGGAACAGUCAUCGGGCGACGCCAGAACCGUCUUGCCGUCUCCCGAAGCUUUACCUUCAUCUGCUCCAACCCAGCUGUCUUCAUCUCCUUCCAUCACCUUCAUCCCUUUCUCAGCAGCCUGGGCCUUGUGGAGAGGCCCAGGUAAAGCUCCUUCUCGUUGUCCAAUUCCAUGACAACUUCCUCCAUUCAGAAGGUCAUUCUGUUACAUCUUCUCCUGUUUCCACAUUCAUAUUUCUGCCAUGUGUUGCAUAUGAUCUUUAGUCCAGAAGCCCCCUGCUAAACAGUUUGUAUAAUUCAUUGUUGUGUCCUUGCUGCUUUUGAAGGAGCUCCUCUUUCAUUGUUGCUUUUUUCUUUGAUUGGUCUGGAUCCUGUCCUUCACACUCCAUCCUACCCCACUGCAGGAUGUCGCGAGAGGUUCUCCGAGUUUCUGGCUGUGUUUGACCGGCGUCAAACUCUCUCCAGUGAGUAGCACUACAGUCCAGCACUGAGGUGCCACAGAUGUCAUCCUCCAACACUCAGAUGGCUUUGGACACAUCCAGGGAAAACAUGGAAAUUCUCCCCAGAUGCAUCUGUUCUCCAGGAUACCCUUUCUGCACACCCAAUUCCAUGUAGCCCAUGUUUCUUGGAGUUCUGGCAGGGUAAAUUAUUCAGUCCUGAUGCCCACUUCAGUCACCCUGCACUUUGUUGAAGUUCUUUGUUGAACAAGAAAUUGUAUCUGAUACAAUUUCUUCUAGACUUCUGUUUCCUUUGCUCUAGUCCUGCAUAGUGGUAGAUCUUUCCAUGCAAAAGCUCCCCAAAGCUCACUCCACAGCAUGAAGGAAACAUUUUUAUAAUUUUUUUUUAAAUGAGGUGUGUGCACAGCACAGGGAUGGCAUGACAACUUGGGCAUCUCUCUGGGGCUAAGGUGUGUGUGUGUAUAUGACUAACCUGCGGUCAGCCCUGCAGCAUGCAAUGUUAGGAGCGUGGUGUCCAGACUCAGACCCCCCGCAGUGAGCCAUUCAACCCAGGGCACUUAAUUAAAUGCUUUUUAACAGAAACAUUAAAUUAACUGCAGAGGAUCAGCAGACCUCCAUGCUGCACUAAAUAGUAAAUGUAUGUGUGUGUGCAUGUGUAUGUGAAAGUAAAAAAUAUUUAUCAGUAUUUUUGUCUUGUUUACCAGUAUAAAUGUUCAAACAUCUGUAAAACAAGAUAAAUGUUCUUGAAACCCUUACUGUAACUGUGUAAAAUGUUCAUACUUGUUUUCAGAGAAUAUGCUCCCUAUUUCAUGCGUUUUAAUUACAUAGCAAAAUUUCAUCAAAUUGAAUUGAAAAAUCUUUUAUAAAAUAAAAUAAAAAAAAGCUAAAUAUUUUAAGUUAAAUAAAUAUAAUUUUGUAAAACAUUACACAAUUUAAUUUGAUAUCUUGUUAUGAAAUUUAAUUUCGUAAAUCUUAAAAAUAAGCUAAAAUGUUUUUAAAAUGCAUGUUGAAUUAAGGUCUUAUCCCAUUGGCAUUAAAAAAACAUUAUUAUUAAAACAAAACAACAUUUAAGUAAAUAUCUAAUUUAAGAUAUAUUUUCUGAAAAGAAGUCUUAUUAUGACUUUUCAAAGUAAAUAUAUCUUGUUUUAUGGAUGCUAUGACAUUUUUUACUAGAUAACAAGGUAAAAGUACUGAUUAAGAAACUUUUGCAGUACAGAUGUGUGGGAGGAAAGGGAGGGGCUUAUUGUAACGCCACCCUCUUAAUCUACUUAAAAAUACACAUACUCUUCCUCCUCGCCUGUCCCACAGAUGCAAAAUCUCACAACCAACAUAUUGGGAUCACCCAAACAUCCAACUAACUUACAUUGCUUGCUGAGUGUUGUCUUUUUCCAACUCUCUUGGAAAACAACUUUUUAUUUUGUGCAGUAUAGGAUGGGUUAAUGCAAUCCAGAUGCUAAGUACAUAUACCUGUAAAAAUUGAAGAGAGGAGACAUGUUUUAUAUGAUGUCAUCUCUCAGCUCUGGUGCUUUUUCUCAGAGCAGGCAUGUAAAUCUGCGACCCUGGCAUGGAGGGUGGACAGGACUUUCUCUUUUAAUCUUUCCCUCCUACUUCUCUGAUACGGGCAUUUCCUGUAGCACACAGCUGUUUUGUGUCUCGUGUUACAGGCAAAGACUCUAGAUGUUUGACUGAACAUACACUAAUAAAUACAUUUAUUAUUUUAAAAAAGAAUAAAAAACAUGAAAUCUCAAGAAAUAUACAGAGGAAUGGAGAAACUACAUAAUGACGUCAUGGAAUGUUAAUCAAUUAUAGUGGUAACAAUUAUUAUCUGCAUUAAGACAAGUAUAGUACACUUCAGAAGUGUAAAGCUGGAGAAAACUGCUAAUUUAAUUCCAUUGACAGUUCUCCCUUUUAUACAGGGAGAUAUGCCAAGUUAAGCUUCCUUUUUUAUUUUAUUUUAUUUUUUUAAACUCGCAGUGACACUGAAACCAUAGCUAUAAGUCUGGUACAAGCAUUCUAAGGGCACUGGAUGGAAAAAUCAGACUUGUAUUAGUAGAGGUAGCUCAUCCUAUUUGUUGUUUGUAGAUUCUAUGUUGUUUCUAGAUUUUACUUUAAAGCAACACAGCUGAAGAAUGUUUGGCCCUGAUAGCUUAGAAGCAUUUAAAUACGGAUAGCAUGAAGCUUGCACAAAGCUUCACUGUUAUUUGUUAAUUUGGAUAAUAAAUGGGUUCUUGAGCAAAUAAUGCUUUCAAAAUGUAAAUCAAAUACAUGUGAUAAGAUUUGUUGGAUUUAUUAACAAAUACCUGAUACUGAUUAACAAAUAUGUCAUAUCACAAUAUAGUAUGAUUAAUGCAGCUAAUUGAACUUUUUCAAUAUGAAAUGUAAUAUUUUUCCAUUAAAAGCCUUUUAUGAGUGCUAAAAUGAAAAUUUUUGUUUUCUUUGUUAUUAAAGAAAUCACUUUAAAGAGUUCUAGAAAUAGAUCUUAUUUAACUUUGUCUUAACCAAAGAUUGGCUCUAACACAAAGAUAUAUGCUUAUUUUUAUUUUACUUCAUUGGUCAUUUAUAAUUUUUUUCCCUUUAAAGGAAUAUUCCGAGUUCAAUACAAGUUAAGCUCAGACUUCAGCAUUUGUGGCAUAAUGUUGAUUAUCACAAACAUUAUUUCAACUCAGCCCUUUCUUUUCUUUAAAAAAAAAGCAAGAAUUGUGGUUGCAGUGAGGCACUUGCAAUGGAAGAGAAUGGGGCCAAUUUUUGGAGAGUUUAAACAGAAAUGUGAAGCUUAUCAUAUUAUUAUAGCACACAUUAAUCCUUCUGUUAAAACUCUUGUAUUAUUUGAGCUUUAAAGUUGUUAAAGGUGCACUCAGUACAUUUUUGAAGUAUGUCAAAAUUAUUUGCAUUGGCUUACAGUGACACCUAGUGGCGUGGAAGCUGCAUCAUCCAAACACAGCAGUUUUUAGUUACCAAUGACAUUGUAGGAAUUCACUCUGCACAGUAAGCCAGGAUCAAUUUAAUGCAUGAAUGAAAGUGCAAUAACAGGGCAGUUACUGAAAUGAAGCGAGUAGUAUUCGGCUUGUCAUCUGAUCCUAACAUGGCUGCCCCCCAUGAGGGUGCCCCUGUCCCAUGUAGAAUAAAAUAACUUUUAUAAGGUUUCUGAUUUGACUACACUCUGCACUUCACAUGAGUGAUCAUGAUUUCUUAUAUAUGUUUCAAUAUUACUAAGAAGAAACACUUCUUAAAGAAAUUAAUUACUGUGUACCUUUAAAAUGCUAUUUUUUUACAGUCGUUUUAUAGUUUAUUGACAUUACUUCAUCACAGCAAUGAAUUUGUACUUUACACAGAAAAAUUCUUGUGGCUAUAAUUAUGAAACUAUGAAUAUUUAAAUGUGUACAGAUUGGCCCCAUUCACUUCCAUUGUAAGUGCCUCGUGUAACCCAGAUUGUUUCAGGUUUUUUUUUUAAGGAGGGAUGAGUCAAAAUACAUUUUUGUGAUAAUCAUUAUUAUGCCACAAAUGCUGUCGAUUGAGCUUAACUUGUAUUGAACAUGGAAUAUUCCUUUAAAGGAUGGUUGAGAAUGUAGCAAAGGUGGUGUAUGAGUAUGCUAUGCAAAAUGCUGUGUCCUGAACUACCAGCACAGAGUCAGACUGGGACAAACUCAUAUUUUUCUUUUUCCUGUGUACUGAGGAAGAAAAUGAUUCCCUGCUUAAUUGUUGUAUCUUUACUUAUUAAUGUCUGUACAGUUAACAGCCUUUGAAUGCGAGUUGCCGCCAGUGGAAGGUGGAUUUCUCAAAGAUGAAAUGGCAUUUCAGGGGUUUUCCUUUUCGGGACUCAUUUGUAAAUGCUUGAGGUUGAGUGGACUUGUAUUUUUGCAAUAAAGUUAUUACCGAUGCACUCCAUCAGGGGCGCUGCACAAA